AUGGUAGCGGAGGAGAUUGUGGUCUCCCUGUCAGGAGGAUCCCCGUGGGGUUUCAGACUGCAGGGAGGAGCAGAGCAGCAAAAACCUCUACAGGUGGCAAAGGUACGCAGGCGCAGUAAAGCAUGCAGAGCUGGACUAAAGGAGCAUGAUGAACUAGUUGCCAUAGGCGACCAUAUGUGUGCAGACCUCAGUCAUGCUCAGGCCAUGGGCCUCAUUGAUACACAGAGCGCUACACUCAACCUGAGGGUUAAAAGGUCAGAUCAUGGACUCAUGGCAUCAUCUUACGCUGGUCGUUCCGCAUCUCCCCGCUCCUCAGCGAAGGGCCUGUCUCAAACACCGGCCCCCACGCCCUCCCACCGCUCCUCCAUCCUCUCCCCCAAUGGGAUACCCAGGGGCAUCACUUCCCCUCCAGACAGUGAGGCCUACUACGGAGAGACAGACAGUGACGCAGACACACAGUCACACACGUUCCGCCGCCAGCGCCGCACACCUCCUCAUGCACGCUCACCUGCGCGCUAUGACAACCAAGAAGAGGAGGAGACCUCAGAGAUGAGUGGGUAUGAGAGCGCCACAGAUGCGGGGGUCUCCAUGCCUGUGCAGUGGGAGGGUCAGCUUCUUCCUGGUGUCCCCCGCAGAGAGCUCAUCUACCAGCCCCCCCAGACGGAGUGGACCACUCCAACUCACACCCCACACACUCUGACCCCUCACACACUCACCCCGACCCCUGAUCAGGGUUUAGUGGAAGCGGAGGGAGAAGUGGAUAGUGGCUUCCAGGAGGUCGGGGGCAGCAUCGUGCUAGCCUGCCCUCCGCUUGUGUCUCCUGAACGGGCAAAAGAGGCUCUGAUGCUGGGAUCCAGUAACCAGCUGGUGCCCAUGGUGGGACUACAGCAGACUCCCGUCAGUGAGGAGCUCUGCACUACCUACAAGGACAAAGCACGGCAAGCCAAAUUACAGCGUGGGGAGAGUGUGGUGGAGAAGCAAGUAAAAGAAGCUCGUACUAAAUGCCGCUCUAUUGCCUCGCUGCUGACUGAUGCUCCCAACCCCAACUCAAAAGGGGUGCUUAUGUUCAAGAAACGCCGGCAGAGGGCCAAGAAGUACACACUGACCUGCUUUGGGAAAGCUGAGGGGGAGACAGGAGGGGAGACAGAAGGGGAGACAGGAGGAGAGACAGAGGAAGAAGGAGGCAGUUCUUUCCAAAGUGGCUCAGAAGUGGAUGAAGAGGGAUUCUCAGCGUCGUUUGACCCCACGUGGGAUAGCGGCUAUUUAGACGUGCUGGACAGGAGAAGCUCGGCCUGCCCUUCAACCACACCGACUACUCCGACAACUCCGACAACCAAUCACAGCUCAGGGCUGGAUUUCCCAGCCUAUCAGACUCUGGGACUUGUGACCUCUGUCAAUCAAAGCCCGGGGUUGGAAGCCUCAUGGCUGGAGGACUCAGCCUAUCAGGGCUCAAGGCUGGAGAGCAGCAUUAAUAAGCAGCCUAUCAGUUCCUACUCUGCUCCUCAACCUGUACACAUGUCACCCCCAGAGAUGCCUCUGACCAAUGGGGGGUCAGUAGCUGUUAGUCGGGCUAGUGUUGUUUUGAGUCCGCCUUCACAAAUACCCCUUCCAAGUCAAAAUGGGCAACAUAGCAACCUUAGUCCUAACCCUAAUCUUAUUCCUGGCCCAAUCACAGACUCAGACCAUCACCUGAACAACAACUUUAGUCCUAAUCCAUCUGUUCUGAACCGCACUGCACGUCCCUUCACCCCUGGCCCGACCCCUUCUCGUGCAAAUGUAACCUCUGUGAUGUUUCGCCCUCCCCAACCCAAACCAGCAGCUGUAGCCACAGCGACCAAGCCUGUAGCAGCCAUCUCCAUGGUGACUAUCCAACCUACUCGCCAUCCAUCAGGGCCAGAUGCAAGGAGAGCAGUGUCUAGCACCUCUCUGUACAUCCCUGCAAGAAAUAACAACAGCAACACUACCCCCACUGUUAACUCUCCCCACUCUCCCCACUCAGCUCUCUCACCUCCCUCCUCUCUGCCAUCUGUAUCUUUCUCACAGCCUUCAGUUAAUCCACCAACAUUUUCUCCUCACACCCCAGUGCAUGCAUCUUCCUCAAUCCCAUUCUCUCCCUCUGCAACUCAAGGUUCCCCUAUUGGUCCAUCACCUGCUCAACCCUUCUCCCCUCCAGUCCUACAGUCAUUUCCCUCUCCUCCUGCUCCGGUUUAUCCACCUCCUUCCACUGGCAUGCCUUCUGUUCCCAUCUCCCCACCACAUCCACCUAAUGUAGCCCAGGUCUCCUUCCAUGCCCACCCCACCCCUCCUCCUCCUCCUCCUCCCCCUCAUCAUCCUACCUUCAGCCAACCUUCUCCAUCUCCAUCCACCCACCCCUACAUCAACAGUCAACCUUCUCCAUCUCCUGCAUCCACUCCCCAGGCUCCUGCCGCUGAUUCACUGGAGACACGAGAACAGCGAAUCUCAGUCCCCGCUUCUCGCACCGGUAUCCUGCACGAUUCCCGUUCUCGUGGCAGUAAAAAGCCAAUGUUCAGUGCAAUCAGAAGCAAAGAUGUUUCUCCAAACCCGGCCUUGAUGUCAAUGGUUCAAAAUAUGGAUGACCGCUUUGGAAGAACCCCAGGUGCUGAGUCUGGAGCUGCACCCACUGGUGAGGCAGGGCAUGAAUCAGGACCUGAGGAAGACUGGCUGAGGCUUGGGGCAGAGGCCUGCAAUUUCAUGCAGGCUCAACGGGGACCCAGGCCACCUCCUGUAGCACCCAAACCACAGGCUCCACAAGUGCCACAAAUGGCAGGGAAGGGAGGUGAGCUGUUUGCCCGCAGACAGAGCAGGAUGGAUCGGUAUGUGGUGGAGCGAUCUCCAUCUGUUGCCGCAGUACCUUACUCUCCGGCUCAGCCGAGGGAGCCCUCGCCUACGCCUUCCCUCCCUGCUACCUGGAAGUACUCGUCAAGCAUCCGUGCUCCACCUCCCAUCAGCUACAACCCUCUCCUCUCUCCCUCCUGUCCUCUUAAGGCCCAGAAGAAGGUUGAGGUGGCAAAAUCUGGACCAGCUAAAUCUAAAGGGCAGAAAGGUGGCAUGAAGCCUCUGGACAUUAUGAACCACCAGCCCUACCAGCUCAACUCCUCUCUGUUCAGCUAUGGGGGCGGGGUUCCCCAGGACACCUCCAACUAUCAGCAGCAACGAGGAAUGGCAGGUGGUCCUCAGAAGACUGCACGAGUGUAUGAGGUGAAGCGCUUCUCAACGCCCCCUCCAAUAGCAACAGGGCCCGCCUUGAAAGUUAUCGUGCCUCGAUCAGCCACGACACUUGGAGAACCCCUCUGGCGUUCUGACAUCACAUCUUCUCCGCCCACAGCUGGCCCUGCCCCAUACCAACCCUUUCAGCCUCAACCCCAACCAUCCGCCACUCCGUUCCAACCUCAAUGGGCCACCUCCCUUCCAUCUCCCCCACCUCCCCCUGCCCCCACAGCCCCUCUCCCUCAGCUCCCCACCUUCUCCUCUCCUCUAGCUUCUAAUCCUCCCCCCAACACUGCACAGGCCAACAGGCAGUUUAAGAGUGCCCCAGAUCUGAGUCCCAUAGGCCCCACUGGAGCCUCUGGACCGGCAUCCAGCAGCACUCAACCUACCAGAGUUCCUAGGCCUAGAUUCAGCACUUCCAGCAUGGGUCUGCAGCCCUGUGUCUGGCGCCCUGGAUCCACUUUGCACUGAACACAUUCUGGUCUGGACAUGAAAAAAAGGCUUAUGGGAAGAAAGAACCACUUUUGUUAAAUAAGUCCAUGUG